GGCAAAUGUCUCAGCGCUGAUGCCAGAAUGCAGACCAAAAAUGUAAACGUAAACCAGGCCCCACCCAACAACAAUAUUCUUGAGAAGAACCUGCAUGACUCUGCCGGACGCUCCAAUGUCUUGUCUUCGCAGCAAACAAGUUCGGGUAACGAGACGCCCUUGGGGUUCACAGCCACCAGUCCAGCUCCGCCACUUCCCCCUAGAGGUCUCUCGUCAUCUUCAGUGGCCCAGCCUCCUGGAAGCAGCACCAGGACAGUGCAAGCUGAGGUGGAUGGGUAUGGGGCUUACAAACCUGUACCACCCCCGAAGCCCUUGUCAUCGUGUAUCUCCAUUACCUGCUACUCACCACCGCCCUACAGGAUGCCGCCCUAUCCACUAUACGGAGAAACCGCCAUUCCUGGUACUGCAGCCUCAGAGCCUCCAGCCUCCAGCAACACAUCAGGACUGCACACACACUCCAGCAAGUUUCCGAUUGAACGAGAAGUGAUCCUGAGCAGUGCAGAUAAGAACUCAAAGAUUCCAAUACUACACGAGUAUAAGAAGCAGCGCCCGAAAUCUGCAUCAGCGGCAGCCAUUGCUCCUGAGGGCCCUAACAAGCAGUUGGCCUGGACAGAAGACAAGAGAACUCCUGCCACCACCUCAGCCCCUUCAAUGCAAUCCCAUGACAGCCGGGGUUCUAAGUCACAGGUUCCCCAGACUUCUGGUCAUGAAUUCAAGAGCCAGUAUCGGGGUGCAAAUAGCACUGCUGAGAGUCAGUUCAUGUACAAUGGGCACCAUGGUGGAGUUUCAACAGGGGCGGUGCCUCGAACAUGGAUGGGCAAUGAACGUGCUGAUGAUGUGUCAGAUAACUGGCGGGCAAGAAACACUCAGCAUUUCCAGUCUCAAGCCAUGGUGGGCAGGAGCCCUGCACCUCUCCCUCUUCAAGAUCAGCCUCACAGGACGGGUCUGCCCAACAGUUCAGACAGCACAAAGGGACGAGACAAAGUGGAUAGAGCAGAGGAGGAUGACAUCGAACAAAGCAAUGUACAGAGUAGUGGUGUGUUGGAGGUGGCAAAAGAUGGUGUGAAAGAUGGUGACAAGAACAAGGCUUUUCCUACUAGGACUUACCACACAAUUAAGGACAUGAUCUCAAGUAGAUUUGGAAGUGGUAAAUUGCCAAAGGAUGGAAUUGGGAACACUGAAGCCCACAGUACAGCUGGUGCUGAGGCAGGGAAUAAAGCAGGUGAAAGUGGACAGAGUAAUGUAAUGGCUUUGAACAAUACUCCCAGUGCAAGUGGUGAGGGAGCAAGUAAAUGUGUUAAUGGGAAUGCUCGAAAAGCUACAUCCAGUGGUCGAGUAGGUUCUUCCAUUCAGAAAGAGGAUGCAGCUGGGGGCUUCAUGAACUCAGAGGAAUUAGAACUCUCUCAAAAGCAGCAUGUUUUAGGGGGUGGUUCUCAGCAGAUGGCAGGUCCAUCAAGGAACUAUAACAGUGAGAUAACUGAGGGACCCUUCCACAGUCCCCAUGUCACUGUUGCAAGACUAGGGCCAGGAGAUGGGCCUUCAAGAAGAGGAGGUGAUGGAGAAAGUGUGCUGCAAAAGAGUGGAAAGGGUUCCCAGGGAUCAUGUUUAGAACAAGGACAGUAUGCAACAGCUCAGCAGGAUAGAGGGGGAGAAUUCCCUGGGAAUAGGGAGUACCGUCAUCCACAGGCCCAGGAGCCACCUUAUGGUUAUCAGAGACCUCAUCCACGGCUUCCACAGGGUGUGUUGGAUCAAAGUAGCAUCUACAUGGUGAUGCGGCAGAAUGGGCAGAACUACCAACAAGCAGUGCCGGUAGGCAUUAAAGAAAAUCAAUAUGGACUUCAAGACCAGGAGCCUGAUAUGAGGAGACAGAACAUUGCAAAUGUGUUGAAUUUCCAACAUGCCGAGGGCAGUCGACCAUUAAUGGAGGGCUCCGCAGUCUCUAAUUAUGGAACCCCAAAUAUGGUGGGUCUGGUAAAAAGGGAUGCUGGAGGCAGUCAUUCCCGUAGAGGAUCUCAGUCUCGGUUGGAUGAAGAAGACGAUGAUGAAGGUGGAUUUGUUAUCAGUGGCAGUAGAGGAGGUACAGCAGCUAAUAAUUUAAGGAGUAGUAAUCAUUCAGUUGGGGGUGAAAACUUCAUGAAAGCCAUGGGUAGUGGGAAUUACAAUCAACAGCAAUCUUCUGGCCAGAGUUCAGAUUAUGAGAAAGCGACACAGAGAAGCAUAGGACAGUCUUCAUCAAAUGCUGACUCAGGCCGAGGCAGCACUGUUGGCAGUGUUGCUCACCCGGUGACGCAUGGAGGAUUGAGAGGGGAAGCAUCAGAGCAUCUUGACACAAGCACUGAAUCAUCAGAUUCACCACAGGCUCUCAGUGGAUGCAGAGAAGGCAUAUAUGGGUUACCUCCAGGUCUGGUCACAGCAAAUGAUUCAGAGUGGGUGGACAUUGUGGAGUCGGAGCUGCGUCAGAUUCUAGACCCCAAACUACAUGGUCUGGGUCACCCAGUGCCCCCUGUGGGAGCCAACUCAACCCUCAGUGAAAGCAUCUCAUCUAUGACACCACCAUUGCCUCCUCUAUCCCCUGGUGGGGGCUCAAGCCCCUCUGUGUCUCCACUGAAUUCCACCAGAUACAAGCAUAGUUCAAGGAAAUCUUCACAAGGUGGUAAUGGGGGAGGCGCUAUAAGCAAAUCGCACCAUAGUGCACGUGGGAAUAAUGGCAACAAUAUGAAUGUGCCUUGUAGCAGGGGAGGUUGGACCAAUCAUGGUGGCAGUAAGAAUCAGCUUGGACCUGAUAAACAGCACAGGCAAAGUGGAAUGCUUAGCAGUGGGAAGAAGGGUGAUCAGAGCAAGAUGCCACUCAGUGCUUCUGUAUUUGGCUUGGAUACCACAGACCUGACAUCAACAACAACUGGCCUGGACUCCAUGUUGGAUGGCAACACUGAAAACAAUUCAAGUGAUGAUCUCAGUACCACAAUAGACACUACAGAUGCUCAUGCUAUCAGGAAGCAACUGGAAGGCCUUGAGAAUAUGUACUCAGAGGUAUUAAAACUGCUAGGAGUUAAGAAGUAUGGUGGUCGUUACCAACCUUCAGACCCCCGAAUCAACAAACGUCGCCUUUAUGGCAGCAUGUCAUCUCUGCCAAGUUCAGUCAGCAGUCGACCAAUUAGAGACAAGCGCAGGCAAGAUGAAAGGAAGAAAGUGAAAGACAUCAAGGGAAUCAAUAAGCGGUUCCAGCGGCUUGAGUCACAUGUGGUGACGUUGGCAAGGAGUGUGGCACAUCUGUCUUCAGAGAUGAGAACACAGCAUUUGAUGAUUCAGGAGAUGGAGAACAUCAGGGGAGAGAUAUCAGCUUUGCGCUCACAGACACUGACAGCACGAUCUCAGUCAGUGCCUCGUGGACUGAACACCCUCCUAGCAUCUGGAGACAGAGAUGCUCUCACCAAUCCAGCCAGGGUCAAGAAGCUUACCAAGUUCUUUGGAGAUGAGCCACCAUUGCUCAGGCUGUUUUUGAAGAAGCUGGGGUAUGAGAAGUAUGCAGGAACAUUUGAACAAGAGCGUGUUGGCAUGGUGGAACUCCCAUACCUGACAGAAGAAAGACUGCAGAAGAUGGGAAUUCCUCUGGGGCCACGACUACGAAUUUUGCAGGAAGCCCAGAUCUCAGUCUGCAGGGACAAAAUCUAUGUUGUGUAAGGGGACAAAUGUGCAACAAAGGAAAUUACAGAGGGGAGUUUAAGGCCCAUGUGACACCUCUACUCUGAUGAAUGCAAAGGUAAAGGAGCAGUGUGUACUAGAUUGCUUCAGCAGAAGUGGGGACUGAUACAAAAAAGGAUUGUUUCAGAAUCAUUUCAGUCAUGAAAACCUGAGGUAGAUCAACAGAUCAGUACUAACUCUUUACUGUGCUGUCUUAUAGGAUUUACUUCUAAGUGAUUUAGACCCAUUUCAUCAUGUUGUGUUAUUUAUGUUACUGUUAUUACAAAACAUGUGUUCAAAAUUUAAAUUUAUUUUCAAAACUGUCUUCUGUAUAUGUACUGGUAUGAAAGCUUCAGGUUGCAGGUUAUCUAGCAAUGCUUCAUUAAAAGCCUAAAGCUUGAUCUCCCACUGCACUACAGUGUUUUGCCUCUGAAUGAUCAGUCAGACUGAUUCUGGAGAAAUGCUGGCUGUUGGACAGUGGUUUUCCAAUUAACUCAGUUUGUUGACUAACAGAUUGGAAUGUGUAAAUAUGAAGGAUGUGAGGUAUGCCUUUUGAUUCAUGAAGUGAGUGAGAGAUCUUAUAUUACAGCGUUCCGUAUAUAAUGCCUCCUAUUUUUUUUAAAGAAAACUACAACAGAUACAGAAAGCAUAAUAAUGAAGUUAA